CACAGUUUAAAAGCAACCUCCGUCAUGAUCGCGUCAGCUGGCUUCUAGUUGCCCCACCAUUUCCUCUUGGUCGUCGUGUUCCUCUUCUGCGUCUACCUCUUCUUCUUCUUCUUCUUCUUCUUCUUCUUCUUCUUCUUCUUCUUCGGGAACGACCGCGUAUCGAAACUUGCUCCGGGCGGUAGUCGGUCACCAACGCCGUUCACAUCGUGCGAAACCGCGCCGACGAGGAUGACGAUCGUUGCCGAAGAUCGAUAAAGCCCGCGAGGAGAGGGGGGGAAAUGUGCUGCGUUCCUCGCGCGGGGCGUGAAACCGAUCGGUGGAAGAAGCUGUUGGACUACCACGAAUAAAGAAGAGGAACGAAACCAGUGGAUGGUCUCCGGAUCGAGAGGAGUUGCUCCCGAUCGAUCCGCACGGUCGAUUGGGCCGGUAAUGGGCCCGGGGGGCCUCGAGUGCAUCUCGUCGAGUGCGACGCGGGUGGUGAUCGAUCAGUUAUGAGGGGGAGGCGAUCGCGGAGGGAAUAAUCGGCGGUGGCCGCUGGUGAUGAUCUGACGGUCGCUUUGUACGCGCACGACCGACGACCGGCCUCUCGAUCGUUCUCUCGCGCGGAGAUCGUUACGAUGAGCGCCAGGCGAAGAGUGUACGACGCCCUUGACGGGCUCAUUAAGUGUGAUCGUGCGAUCGUAUGCUCGGUGUUCUUGUGGUAUCUCGCGCUCCUGCCGUGCAUCGUCGAGGCCGUCCAGCCGGGGAUAUGCGCCAUGGACGGUUGCAACUGCACCGUCCAGGCGCACCGUUGGAUUACCGUCAAGUGCGUCUUCUCCAAAGAGCAGAACGUGGAGCUGCUGAAUGGUACCAUCCCGGCGAACGCAACGGACCUUGAGAUCUCUCGUUGUCACGAGCUGAGAAUACAAACCGGCGCGUUCGGGGGUCGCACACCCCUGAAGCGCGUCCACGUCUCGGGUAUUUACAGCGUGGUGGCCAAGCGACAGGCCUUCCAGAAUCUGAGCGCGCCCAACCUGCACCUCGAGGUAUCGGAGUGCAACAGCGUGUUCCUGGAGAGCCAUGCCUUCAGGAACUCGAACAGCACCCUGAGCGUCUUGAUAUCGCGAUGCAAGCACGUAGAGAUCAAGCCGAACGCCUUCUCGUGGCUGCUCUGGCUCACGGUGAAGGAUGUACCGUUUUUGGACCUCUCCAGCAAUGCCUUCAAGUUCGACGCGCCUCCGCACGGACGACACGGAUCAGCGACCAAGAUAAUGUUCCAACACGUGGGGAUCGCGGAACUACCCAAGGCGGUGUUUCCCUCCGUCAUCCUGGAAAUUCGAAUGGACCAUGUUCAGACCAAGUUCAUACGCAAGGACGCCUUCUGCGCCAUGAUGAUUUCGAGCGUAAUCAUCAGCAACGCGUCCAUCACCGAGAUUCAGUCGGGCGCCUUCAGCGAGAAAGCCCUCAUCCAAAGUCUCGAGUUUGCCGACGUGGAAAUUAAGAACAUCAACACGGCCGCCUUCCGGGCUAAUCACGACAAUCUGACGAUCCAAUAUUCAAGAUUGUCCAAGGUGGAGAGUGGUGCCAUCAAUACGUCAGUGGCGACCAUCACCUUCAGCCAGAACGAGUUCCUGCACUUGCGGUCGGGCUCGAUUGUGCUGCAGCAGUGGAACCACAUCGCGAUCGACCGGAACGUCUUCGUGGAGUUGGAGAGCGACGCCAUUAAGGCGGAGAAGGUCAACGCCACUUCCGCCCACAAUUUUUCCUUCACGGCCAAUCGCAUAGAGAAGGCGCGAGCGGGCUCGCUAAGAUUCGCGAUGAUCUCCCAGAGCGUGAACUCCGCCCGCGUUGGCAACAAUUACUUCAAGAAGGAGUGCAGUUGCAAUAUCGAGGACUGGGUGCGCGAGGUGACGGGUAGCAACAGUUCGGCCACUUGGAUGAUGGACUCCAGCUACUGCAUGGUCGACCAGUUCUUCCACAAGUGUCUGAACCUACCCGAGGGCUACAUAGCCAUGGGAAAUUACACGCACCUCAUGUGCACACCGCGGGAUCACGUGCGCUGCGAGAAGCCAUCCGCGAAGCCAGAGCCGAGCGUCAGCCCGCCCAACGUCGGCCCGCACGUGUAUCCCCGGCACAAGAGCUUCUUCGACAUGGAGAUAAGCGAGAUGGAGCAGCUGGAGCGCGAGAAGAGGAUCAUCGUGAUCGUCUGCGUGGUGGCGGUCUUCAUCGUCGUCGUGGCGAUCCUGGCAUCGGGGAUUCUAUACAUGCGCAGACGCGGCGUGUGUCCGAAGCUCACAUCCGGCCAACUGAUGCAUCUGACAAGUUGGUUCUCGUCCAACAACGGUAUGACCGCCGCGACCUCCGCCAGAUCGAUCUCGAGGCUGAGCGUCCACGAGUACGCUGGUCUCCAGCCGGAGACUAGGAUCAUGGAAGUGGAGCCCCAGGCGGAAGCCGCGGAGGACUACGACGAGGACGGCGACAUUUAUCCCUACACGGAGAACAAGGCCACGCAGACGUUGCCGGAGGAGCUGACGGAGGAGUACCUGAGGGAUCUCCGGGAGAGGCUCAACGACCCCGACAACUACAGCCAAGCGAGAGAUAUGAUCGAGCACCUGUACGACCUCAUCAAGGUCGAAGAGAGCUGCAACAACAACAACGAUCGGCAACCGGUGGACGAUCAAGAGGAGAACGCGUACGACAUUAUUCGGCCGAGGGUCAAGAGACCUCGCGGCGCCCCGAGACCUUGCGUCACUGUUGGCACGAAAGCGCCGUCCCUGGAGAAAUUGUUGCCCAACGGCAUACAAGUGAGGCCACCCAUCACGGAGUACGCGCAACCUCGCGACCAAAGGACCAGCGACCAGAAUCAUCUGUAUGCCGAAUUGCCGGGCGACGAGACGGUGCCGAGUACCAGCCGAUUGUCGCAGCCCAUCUUGGACAGCCUCAUCGGACGUGCACCGCAGCCGUUACCGCCCGACGUGGUGAACGAUCACCUGCUGCUGGUCGACCGUCCGCCAAGGAACUGCGGCUUCGGCGACGUCGACCGCACGCCGCCGCAAAGCCCGCGCCUGGAGUCGUGCAGGAAUCAGCAGACCAGGCCGAUGAGCUUCCUCAAGGUACUCGGCGAGAGUCUCCGCGGCGCUACCAGCAAAAUGAACGGCGGCAAGAGGCCGAAUUCCCUGCUCUGCGAAUACGCCGAGCCGUCCGACGUCACCGCUCACCUCUACUCGGAGUUGCCGGAACCGCAGGCGUCCGUGUCCACCAGCAAGAUGGCGAACAGGCCGUUGCCCACGAAACCUGAUCAGGAUUCCGUCGCCGCGAGCACGGCGAAGGCGUAGCCAGGCUGAUGUCCAUUUAUCUGUGAUAUACAAGUGUUGCGUGCUCCGAGAGCGGAGAAUCCCGCGUCCCUUUCCGCUCUCUCUCUCUCUCUCUCUCUCUCUCUCUCUCUCUCUCUCUCUCUCUGUUUCUCUCUUUCACUCGCUUCGCGGGUGCUGCACGAAGAGAAACUGCCGGCGGUGCGGCUCGUUGCGCGCGUACACGUGUGCGCGAGUUUCGCCGAGGGUGAUUGCAUUCGCGUAAAAGCCUGCCGAGUCGCGCGCGAGUCGGCCGCGACAGAGCGGAGGAAAUACGUCGGAAAUUAGUGCAAUUCACGCGUAUACUCCCCUCGCCGUCGAGGACAGGCGUCGCGAAGGCCAAGUGUCCUUACUUUCAAACGCGUAUGAAUGAGGCCUCAUUAGAACAAUCGCGAGCUCGCUUCGUUAUCGCUUCGAGAGGGGAGCGGAAAGUCGUGACGAAUCGACCAAAGCUACGCUUAAUUGCGAAAGUAGUAGUGCGACACACCAGUGUGUCGAAAUUGCCGUGUCUCGCCGCGCUGUUCAUUCUGGCUGUUGUAUUCGCGUACUCGUGACGUCAAGAGACGGCCCCGUCGAACUCGUCGCGUUCUGUAUUAGGGUAUCGUCGUCCGUUCGCGAGACACCGCCGCGACAGACAAAUCGACGGAUCUUUAUUUAUGAUUAUAUCUCCGACAAAAGUGGAUGUAAUAUAAAGUUACACACACACACACACACGUACAUAUGUAUACUCGCUUCAUCAGGUAUUAUUAAAUAAGCAUUUUACAAGUCA